AGAUCAGAUUUACCAGGUAAUAGUUGAGGCUCCUGUACUUUAUUUCUAAACGCUCUUUAAAAUAUUUUACUAAGGGUUAAAAAUUAAACACAAAUCUAACAACUGACAUCCAAAAGAGUCCCAACCAGAGGAAUUUGUCUACGAAGGCAGAUAAAAUUUCAUCAUGACUGUGGUCCCAGUUUUCUUGGUUUUCUUGUCUCUCUUCUGGUUUUGUGGAUCAGAGCAUGCAUCAUCUAAUGCCAAAGAAAACCAGUUUCAGCAGGUUGAGCCGACCCAGCCGGCUGAGCAAGACCCGUACCUCAUAAAAGAAUGCUUAAGCAACCAAUACACACACAAGUCCUGUGAGAAAGUUUUUUGUCACCCAUGGGAACGAUGUGUGGAGGGAAAAUGCCUUUGUAAGCUCCCCUACCAGUGCCCGAAGAAUGGCUCUUCAGUUUGCUCUGCCAAUGGAAAGUACUUCCAUACCUACUGUCAACUGAAGAGCUACGAGUGCCAACGUCCAGAAGCAAAGUUUCUGCACAAGGGAAAAUGUGCAUCUAAAGAAACAUUUGCGAUCUCUGUGGACCAUGGAGAUUCACAUUUGCUUCGAGUAAAACCUGUGAAUCAAAAGAAUGCCAUGUUUGUAUGUGGUAGUGAGUGGACUAUGAAUGAAGCAAACGUGGCCUGCAGGCACCUUGGCUUUGAAUCAGGUGCUGAACAUUACCAAGCCAAUUCCAGCAUCACAGAAUCUGCCUUAAAUUCGUUGCACUGUCUGCAAAUAACUUGCAGGGGCCUAGAGACAAGUCUUGCUGAAUGUCACAUACAGGUGAAAUCGAGGGAUAGUAAUGAGGGAUUUGUUAGUCUCCAGUGCCAUGAAAAUCUCAGAGUUUGUUCCGCUGGUGAGUUUCAUUGCGUCAACAAGAAGUGCAUUUCUCUGACUAAAACCUGUGAUGGGAUCAAUGACUGUGGAGACCUGAGUGAUGAGCUAUGCUGUAGAGAGUGCAGAGACAACAGUUUCCACUGUCGGUCAAAUAUCUGUAUUCCAAAUAAGAAUGUCUGCAACAAAGAAAUCGACUGCCUCACAGGAGAGGAUGAAGCUCGAGUUCUCUGUGCAGGCAAAUACAAGGGUGCUGAAAAUCACAGUAUGGACAAAGAAAGAAAAAGGAUAAAGACAUUUCUUCCCAAAGUACACUGUGGUCUUACAAAUCACACGUUAACUCGACGGAAAAGAAUCGUAGGUGGAGAGACUGCAAGAAAGGGUGAAUUCCCUUGGCAAGUGGCGAUUACAGAAGCUGGCAGUGACGGUGCAACACUGUACUGUGGAGGGGUUUACAUUGGUGGCUGUUGGGUUCUGACCGCUGCACACUGCGUCAGGGCAAACAGAAUUCACCUGUACCGUGUCUGGGUUGGACUGUUGGAUACAAUAGAAUACGACAAAGGGACACACACGUACACACUGAAACAGCUGAUCAUCCAUGAAAAGUAUAACGCGUCAAGUUACGAAAACGACAUUGCUCUGCUGGAGCUGAGCGGGAAAGGAGAAUGUUCCCUGGCACAGAGCACCCCUGCCUGUGUCCCCUGGUCACAGUACAUGUUCAGGCCUGGGGACACAUGCAAGGUUUCCGGAUGGGGACUAGAGAAAGGUUAUACCAAACAAUAUAUCCUCAAGUGGGGCAAUGUGAAUUUAUUUCAGAAUUGUUCGGAAUUGUAUCCGGGACGAUUUUUUGAACAAAUGGCAUGUGCAGGUACUUACGAUGGCUCCGUCGACAGCUGCAAAGGUGAUUCAGGAGGACCCUUGGUCUGUUUUGAUGCAGACAAUGUGGCGUAUGUCUGGGGUAUCGUGAGCUGGGGUGAGAACUGCGGAGAGGCUGGUCACCCCGGUGUCUACACAAAAGUCGCCAGCUACUACGACUGGAUUAGCCACCAUGUGACAAGGAGUCUCAUUUCACGGUAUAAUAUCUGAAGCUCGGAAAAUUAAAUACUUAUCACCCACGCAAAAAUGAACACUAGUCCUUUUUUACAAUCAGCAGGUGUGUAACUGAGCAACUAUUAGUACAAAUCUUUAAAGGAUAUAUUUUGAAAAUUUUUAACAUUCUAUGAAUACCACAAUUUUUCAGAAGCCUGUAGAAAGAAUCACAGAGUGACAGGGAUUGAAAGGGACCUCAAAAGCUCAUCCAGUUCAAUCGCCCCGCCGGAGCAGGAACACCCAGAUGAGGUUACACAGGAAGGUGUCCAGGCGGGUUUGAAUGUCUGCAGAGAAGGAGACUCCACAACCCCCCUGGGCAGCCUGGGCCAGGCUCUGUCACCCUCACUGAGAAGAAGUUUCUUCUCGUUUUUAAAUGGAACCUCCUGUAUUCCAGUUUGUACCCAUUGCCCCUUGUCUUACCAUUUGUUGUCACUAAGAAGAGCCUGGCUCCAUCCUCCUGACACUCACCCUUUAUAUAUUUAUAAACAUUAAUGAGCUCACCCCUCAGUCUCCUCCAAACUAAAGAGCCCCAGCUCCCUCAGCCUUUCCUCAUACGGGAGAUGCUCCACUCCCUUCAGCAUCUUUGUGGCUAGAGGCUUUUACAGUCACAAGAGUCCACAGCAGAAGUCUCUAAUAAAAGCUGGGGAAUGAAAAUAGCUUUCUUGUUGUUACUUUGGAGGGUUUUUUCCCCGCAUUUCACAUUGCAUUUCAAUUGUGGAUGUUUAUUUAUUUAAAACGGACAACCACGCUGAAAAAUUACUGCACUGGCAAUAUGUGAACUUCACACAAACAGCAGCAACCAGAGCACUUUAACACUUCGAAGAACUGCCAGAUGCUGCUUUGCUUGGCAGCUGGACUUCAGACCAUCUAUUAACUGAUAGAUUGACUAUGAUCAUGAGGUUUGUUGUAAUGCAACAAUUAUCCAAAUAAUGACUUUGUUUGGUGGUAGUGUUUUUCAGCUACAAACUCAUUUUUUAUCCAGUUAAUACAACUCAUCUGAUCAUGCAGCUUGGGACAAUUUUUGUAGCUCCAAGUUUUAUUGCUUUAACUGCAGCUGGUCACAAACAACAAAGGAAUUUAAAAACGUGAAUCUUCAACUUAAAUGAAAAGUAUCUUUACUAUCUUAAGUUCUCUGUUUAUGUAUAUAUGGAGUUCUGGUAUCCAACAAAUGGUUAACAUCAAGUAGGGUUUUACUGCCUGUGUGUAUUUAUACAGAUAUACACACAAUUUAUGCAACAAUAGGAAUAUAUGAAAAGUCAAUAUUUUAUACAUAAAACUUAACUCUACAAAACCAAGUUACAAAUCUAAAGUUAAAAAUUAAUACUCUCAGUCAUAACGCCCCCCACCAGAUUCUCAAAUUAGCACAACUUCCCUCUACCAAUAUACAGAAGCGUGAAGCAGUAACACCAAGAACAAACACCCAGGACCUGGAUCCUGCCGUGUGCAGUCAGGGGGUUUUGCUACUGCCUCACCUGACCCAGAGCUGGACAAAGACAAGGGGCCAUCAACAAAAGGGGAAUGAUUAAGCAGAAAAUCCUUCUGUUUUCUCCUGUCCUUGUGAGGAAGUUCUGCCCCCAUGAGAAUCGGGAAGCACAGGCCAAAGUACCUUUCUGACAGCAGUAACGGUGCUUUGCUGUAAGAAAACAUCAGCCUGUACACACCAGUCUCACAUUUGGGACGAGUUAUGCACAGAAAGCAUGCACAAUUUUUUUUUUAAAGUACUAGAAUUUGUUUUGUGGAUGAGUACACUCGACACAAAACUGUGAAACAGGUUCAGGACCAUCUCAGUCAGUUCUAUCAAACUGCUCAAUAGUUUUAGAACAUACUUCACUGUAUUCUAAUUUACAAAUAUUUUAAAUUUCCAUUCUACUUCAUUCCUCUCAAUUAAUUACCCUGUUGAAUAAAUGGCACAUGUUCACACAACA